AUGGACGGCUCUGACUCGGACACCAAUCCCUCCGACACGUCGACGUUCGACUUCGAUCAGCAUGGCCCUAAUCCCACGAGCAACUCCGAGGCCGCAUCCUACGCAACCAUGCUGGUCCAGGCACCCGAGGACACACAUAAGCUCCAGAAAAUGAGCCUGGAACUCGCCUCUACAAGGAUGAAAGUCAUGAAACUCGAGGCUGCUGAUCAGACCAAGGAGGCUGUGAUUCAGAAGCUCAAGACCGCCCUUGAGGAGGAGAGAAAGAGGACAACAACAGUCCAAGAUGAGGCGCUCCGCCAAGAGAAAGAAACCAUUCGGAGGCUGAGGGAAGAAUAUGGAAGAGCAGUGGAGGAAGAGGACAAGGAAGAGCACAUCAACUCAAUCAUAACUGCUCUGAAAUUGGAGGUCGCGGGGCUGAGAAGGUCCCUAGACUUGACUGGAAAGCAUCGAGACGAGGCUAUGAGCAAGAACCUUGACCUUCAGCAGCAGAACAAGAUUCUCAGGUGGGCUUUGGCGGAGCACAAGCGCAAGAUCGAAAAGUUGGAGAACGCAGAGAACAAGAUUGCCCGUAUCGAGACGAUUUUCAAGGCAUCGUUCAAGAAUGCCGGCACGUCACUCAUAUGUAUCAACGGUAUUUAUGACUUGGAAGGAUCACUCCAGCUGUUGCUCGACCGCGACAGAUCCAGGGCCAAGGAACUUGACCACACCAAGAAGCAAUUGCUUGAAGCCAGAAAUGUCAAACCAUACGGAGGAGGCGAUCGCAAGAGACUAGGAAAGUGGUGGUGA